AUGGAGGGAUAUGCAAAGUUAGCUCUCUUGAUGGGAGAGCACCCAGAACACGGGAUUUUCCGUCGGUUUGCAACUCUCAAUGCCCAAAACCUACUUUACUUGCAGGCCGAAUUGACCGUCCUUGAGGAGCAACAUCGUGCUUUGGCAUUGGAAAAUGAAGCCUCCGGUCACAGGGAGAGGAAAGCGUAUGCAACGAAUUGGUUUAUGUUAAACAACUCCACGACUUCAACGACUGAGGAAGGCGAAGAUCAACGUCAAUGGGCAAUGUUUCUCAAGAUCAGAGAAAAAUUGUUACAGUAUAACGACGCUCUCUUGCAGCAAGAGAAGCUUGCGCAGAUACACAAUCCAAGUUCAACGGCCCUCAACAAACUUAGGAAUCUGAUGGACCGAAAUGAUCUUUGUCGUAUAUAUCUAACAGGACCUGACCACAACAUUUGGUCCGAACCGAGCCAUGAACCAGACCUGCUCGUACUCAGGGGUGAAGACAAUGAGGACCCAUUUUCUCGUUGGAUCGAAGACAAGUUUUUGAGUUGGUUCUAUGGUCUGCCUUUCGCCCCUUCGCAGGUAAAUUACCUCUGGUCUAGCUUUACUCCCGUGUUUUCCGUAACACUUGCGAGCAUUCUUCCUGUCCUUUCAAUCGUGGUCUUGCACACUUUGGAUACCAUGGCAAAAAGACUGGGCGCAAUUGCCGGGCUGACGGCUGCAUUUUCCUUCUCUCUGCAACUUUUUACGGGAGCCCGCCUUGUGGAUAUUUUUGCGGCAACAGCAGCGUAUGUAUAACGGUACCUUAUCCAGCUUACGGCUAUUGGCUCACUGCCUUCUAGCUUUGCAGCCGUCCAAGUGGUGUAUGUUGGAACUGCCACUCUACCUUAUUCACCAUCACAGAGCUCAACUCAGUAGUUCCGCAGCUCGACUGAAUUAUUUGGUGAUGUCAAACAGCUUGGGCUGUUCUCAUUUGUAAUUAGUUUCUCCGAUGGUAGCUGGCAGCAAGUAUAGGAACUCAGUAUCAAACUUUUCUCUAAGAGAAAACCCGCAAAGAGAAAUAUUUGGGGAAAUGCAAAGAAAUCUCAGACCCUGACUCAGCCUUGGUAAAGAAGACGAAGUAGACAAG